AUGCCGGUGUUGACGAGCCCCGACAUCGCCAACAAGUUUAAGGAGAGAUGGCUGGCGGCUUACCCGGAGGAUCACGUCUCUGGGUCUGAGUCUGCCCCCCUUGACGACAGCCUCACCAGCCUCCACUGGCUCCAGAAUUUCUCCAUCCUCAGCGCAGACCCGGAGCGUCCCAGCGGCGCGGGACUCGAGUGUCCGUCCUCGCAGCAGCACCUCUUCAUCAAACGCCUCGGCUUCCCCGGACCGGGCACCGACUCUCCUUCCAGCCCCCCAGCCGGGGACACCGCCGCAACCGGGAUGCCUCUGUACCUCGGGAGCCCCGUCACCUCUGGCAGCGACUCCACCGCGGCGGCUCCGCGGUUUGCCUGCGGCGCACACCCCACGCCCGGCUACCCGCAGAUCCCAAUUCAGCCGAGCCCGCCGGUGGAGAUCGACUACAAAACCAACCCCAAAGUCAAGCCGCCCUAUUCCUACGCCUCUCUCAUCUGCAUGGCCAUGCAAGCCAGCAAGCAGCCCAAAGUGACUCUGUCCACCAUUUAUAACUGGAUCACUGAGAAUUUCUGCUACUACAGACACGCGGAGCCCAGCUGGCAGAACUCGAUUCGUCACAACCUGUCCCUCAACAAGUGUUUCAAGAAGGUCCCCAGACAGAAGGACGAGCCAGGAAAGGGAGGCUUCUGGCAGAUUGAUCCUCAGUAUGCUGACAUGUUUGUCAAUGGCAUCUUCAAGCGCAGGAGGAUGUCUGCCAACCACUACAGCAGCGGCAGCGGAACCAGCAGCGGUGCCCACAGGCAGAGCAAACUAGUUCAGAGUUACCACGCCAGCCAAAACGGCUGCCCCUACCAGGGCGCGGGAGGCAAACGGAAGCACCUGCCCUCAAAAAACAGCAACAGUAAGGUUAUGAGGGCCACGGAGUCCCCUCUGCUAGCCACAGAGGCCAACAAGGCAGAUGUCCUGAGAGGGGACUUUGACCUGUCCUCCGUGUUUGAUGACGUCCUCGGCGGUAGCUGCAGCACCUUCGAAGAUCUGGACAUCAACACGGCGCUGAGCUCCCUGGGCUGCGAGAUGGAGCUCGCUGGGCCGGGCAGGCAGGGGAGAUGGUGUGGAGGAGUGGACGUUAUGGGUCAGAGCCAGCACAUGAACCUCCAUCACCAAUCCUACGGCUACAUGGACCUAAGCGCUGCUUCCAUGGAGUGUACGGUCAGCAUGGGAGAGCUCCACGUGCCUCACGCACAUCCGCAGCCACAGCAGCAGCAGCUGGACCCAGAUCACUUGCUCCAGAGCCACCACCAACACCACCACCACCAUCAGCUGCAGCUGCAGCAUUUCGACGAGCCCUCCAUCCUCUUCCCGGAGCAGCCAGAAGAAGCGAUGUUGCAAACAUGGGAGGAGAUAAAAGAGGAGGCACAGGCUAUUCCUCUGACUCUGGAUCAGGGCUUCAGCCUGUGCGAGGGCUUCUUCACAGAGAUGCAGCCAUGGGAACGAGUGGAGAGCUACCUGUGA